AUGCCUGACAAUUCGGUGGAUCCGACACUUCCGCCUCCAGCAGUGCGCGAUGUUCUUCGCGUAUGUCUAAGCGCCAAAGAAUAUCGAUUCCUCCACGAGACAGCCCUGAAACGCGCCCCUGCAGCCCGAAGCAAGCUCCCAUCUCCGUCGCGCUUCGAUGCCAUCGUCCGCCCCAAGAACCGCCAUAGCGAAGCUGCAGCUCGCGCCUCGAUACGUGUAUUUCUAGGAUCAGGAAUCGCUUUGAAGUUGGCUGACCUUCUGCUCGCUCGCGUCCAAGGCGCUACAGAAAAGAAAGCACGCACUUCCUUCCUCCGCUCUCCCAAGUUCCGCCUCUCAAUUUCCUUGUCCCUCCUUCUUUUCAUCCAUCGUCUCCUGUAUCGCUUCCUGGUCCGAUUGCGAGCGAAUCUGCGCACCGAAGAUGCGCAGCCCUUCAGAGAGCGCAAUCCGCGUAUUUCACGCGCGCUGACUUCGCGCUGUGCCCCAGCCAUCGGUGCAAGUCUAGCCGGAUUCGCCCUGGGUAUUGCUCCGCAGGAUCAGCUUCGUCUGACCGCAGCAAUUUACUCGGGCAUGCGAAGCUUGGAGUUUCUGUUUAAUUACAUCGAUUACAAAGGAUGGCUGGGCAAACGCCCGGAAUGGUUCGGCAGCUGGAUGCUGAUGCCAUUUGCCUUUGCGCAGCUUUUCCACGCAUUCGUGUUCGAUCGGGAAACAACCCCUACGUGGUUUGGAAAUGUGAUCCUUAGACUCUCGCCCAGUUAUAUCCAGAGCCGACCGGAGUCGCUGCCAGAUAAUGUCGCCUGGCCCGAGAAGCAGGAGAUCGUGGACUCUCUCGCCUCUAUCGCGGGCCUCCGCUGGCCGGCAUUCGUUUCCCCAAUCCUCCACCCAAACGAUCCCAACACCUUGCCGGCGUCUGUGUCGUCCAUUUCGCCAAUCACUGGCCCAGCACAUCCCGCUAUAACGAGCUUAUCAUGCGCUCUUUUGCACCCCAACCUGCCAAACUGCAGUACGGCAUUCCUGCAUCACAUCCUGCUCUCCGUACCGAUGCUUGCGCGUUUCAUCACCACCAUUACUCUGGCUCUCUCAUUGCCCAAACUCAAGAGCAUCAUGCUUGAACCUAUGUCAUCGAUCAAUGACCUGUCAAAACGCAUCAUCAAGAUGACAGCAGUCCUGUCGCUUGCUAUUGGAUCUGCCUGGGGUAGCGUCUGCCUUUUGGACAAGAAUCUUCCACGAUCCACCUUGCCCACCAAGCGAUUCUUCAUCAGUGGAGCAUUGGGCGGUCUCCCAUUCAUGUUCCUGGGCCACAGCCGCACCACCUUCCUUUAUUUCUUCCGAUCCGCGAUUGUUUCCGCGUACAAAACUGGAAUCAAGCGUGGACUAUGGAAGGGCCGAAGAGGCGGUGAGCUGCUGCUGUUUGUCAUUUCGUGGGCGAUGAUGGGCUCGAUUCUCGAGGCCAACCCUAACGCCGUGCAGGGCGGAGGUCUGCGCAAGGGUCUGUCCUGGCUGAGAGGAGAUGGGUUUGCGGACCCACUGGAGGUAAAGCGCAAACCUCGACGGGAAAAGAAGCCCGGUAAUGAAUAA